AUGCCAAUCGAUCCCAUAAUCUUACUUAAUUCGUUAUUGUCCAAACUUGGAAUCCCCAUUCGACCCACUUCCUUAUCUUCUAUACCACCUUCAUUGAUCUUAUUGAUCUUAGAAACGGUAAUCAAUGAGCGGAUACCCUUACCUGACGAACUGAGAUAUUGUGAGAGUGAAAAUGAUGAAUUGGGAUUGAUCAAAUGUAUCUUGGGAGUUAUGGGAGGAGAUGAUCAUCUUGGAAUUGAUAUGAGUAUUAUCGAUCCAAUGAAAAUAGUACAUGGGAGUGAAAGGGAAUUAGAAGUGGUGAUCAUGUGUUUGGUCGUUAUUUCUAAAAGGAAUGGAAUCAGAAUUGAUGCAUCGAAACAACAUAUGGAGUACGAUGAAAUGAAUGAUGUUCCAGAUAAUGGGGAAGAUUUACACGAGGAAGAAGAAGAAGAAGAACAAGAAGGAGAUUUGUCAAAUGAAUAUCUUCAAAGACCUAUACAACCCGAUCGAUCCUUCACAUCACCUCCAGACUCAGACAAAGUCCCUGAUAUAGAUGUGUUUGGUGCUACCGAAACGCAACUGCAUGGAAAGAACGAUAAUCUCAUGGAAGAGGAUAUCGGUUCAUACCUCAUCGAUUCAAAGUAUAGUCACCGUCAAAACCCUUAUCAACAAAAUGGAAAACAUCAAUAUCACGACGACCAAAAUGAUAUAUCUGGAAUAUCAGAUGAAUUUGAUCCUUAUCUUACACCUAUACAAUACCCUCCUGAUCCUGAUCAAGAAGCUCGACGAGUUCUUUCCAAAAAUAAUCAUCUACUUAAAGAACCGACUUUAAGAUCGUCUCAAACAUACUCAUACUCCUCUUCAAUUGGUUCAGGUUCAACAAGUGGGAAGACGGUCAUACAGCAUAUGUUGGAAGAAUUUGGUUUAGAUCUUGGAUGA